AGUGUAAUCGUUUUUUGGCCCAGUUUUUCCCUUUGCUGCCGUUCGGUCAUUUUUGUGGCAUUCUAAUGAAGCAGUCUGUAACAGCACCUCCACCACGAUCUUGGUCCCAGACAGAGGGUUAUGUUGAGCCGCAGAAAGACGAUGAAUCAACUGACAAUACCAUGUCUUCGACAGCAGGAGGUGUUCACCUGCACAAUGGCCACGCAAGGCGAUCAAGCGCCGACAGUAACUAUGAGGAAGAUGCUCGCAUUGGGAUUGAUACCAGUCGAACACUGGAACCACUUCAACUGUUACGUAGUACCGACUUUGCACAGCAAAAUUUAGAUAUGAAUAAAGAGGAGCUUUGCGCCUUUGCAACAAAGCCAGCAGAUUUGAAUGUUCGUUUUACCUGUCGCAUACAGCGACAUAGAGAGGGAAUGGACAGGUUGAACCCUUACUAUCAGUUGUAUCUCCAAAACCUUGUUACGAAUGAAGUACAAUGGGUCUUCACCGCUAACAAGAAACGAAAAAGUCAGACAAGUUACUAUACGAUAAAAGGGUCAGCCAAAUCCCAAAAUGCAAGCAAUAAUCGGCGGGAUAGUGAGCUGGUUACACUUGCUAAAGUUCGAUCUAACUUUCUAGGCACCAACUUUACUGUAUAUUCCAAUGGAAGAAACCCCAACAUAUCUGUUCAGGACUAUUCUGAGAAAAAGCGCAAUAUCGAUAUAAGAGAAGAGCUAGGUUCUGUCAUAUAUGAACCCAAUAUCCUAGGCUUCAGAGGACCUAGAAAAAUGACGGUUCUACUACAUACGCUUAGCAAAAGCGGUGAACGUAUAGAGUUUCGGCCAACCAAGGAAUCGGAGACAUUAUUGGCGCAACACAAAAUGGGAGAAGCUGAACAUGUAUUGGCUUUGCAUAACAAAAGCCCUCAAUGGAACGAAGAAACUCAAUCAUUUGUGCUCAACUUUAAUGGGAGAGUAACGCAAGCGUCUGUUAAAAAUUUUCAAAUUGUGCACGACAACGAUUUGGACUACAUUGUCAUGCAAUUUGGCAAAAUAGAUCAAGAUGCCUUUACCAUGGACUUUCGAUAUCCUUUAAGCCCUGUCCUGGCUUUUGCCAUUGCACUUACAUCUUUCGAUGCGAAGCUUGCUUGUGAAUAAAAACUGUCUCUGGUCAUAGAUUAAAUAAUAUGGAUUAUAUGGCUGCUUCUGAAUAAUUUAGCAUACAAAAUGCCACAUCAUAUAGUCAUAUGAGUCGAGGUCACCUUCACAAUGAUGACUUUGCAGCAGUUUUAGCGGACCUCACUCCCUC